GAUAAGAGGGAGAAACAGUGCGAGCUAGUUAGCUGAAAAAGUACGGUGACAUUUUGUCACAUUCUAGACCUCUCCGCUAAUUCAAGAGAAUAUUCUCUGCCACUUCUAGGUGUAUCAAUCCAUACUGUAUUAGCUGCAAAGACGGUGGUGUGCUCCAUACUACAUUGUAACAGUUUAUACAUUCACACUGGUGAUGUCUGGUCCACAGGUGGUUCUGGUCACUGGCUCCACACGUGGCCUGGGGUUAGCCAUAGUGCAGGCGUUGUGCCAGGGCUUUAAAGGGGAUGUGUAUCUGAGUGCCCGGGACGUCCCGAGGGGGGCCAUGGUUGUCGAGGAUCUGCAGAGGGAGGGACUCAAGCCCAGACUCCUCCAGCUGGACAUCACAGACCCGGUCAGCAUCCAGGCGGCCCGGCAGCAUUUCAUGAAGGAGUACGGGGGUCUGGAUGUGCUGAUCAACAACGCAGGCAUCGCCCCAAAACGAGGUGACCCUGCAUCCUUUGGCAGCCAAGCAGAACGCAUUCUCCAAACCAACUUCUUCGCCACCAGAGACAUGUGCAAUGAAUUUCUCCCUCUCCUGAAGAAAGAUGGGAGGAUAGUGAAUGUUGCCAGCAUCGUGGGCUAUAUCACCCUCUAUAUGUGUUCUCCGGACCUCCAGGCCAGGCUCUGCAGUGAUGACAUCACAGAGGAGGAGCUAGUGGCUCUGAUGAAGCGCUUUGUUGCCGAGGCCAAAGCUGGAGACCACAUCAACAAGGGCUGGCCAAAUUCAGUCUAUGGGGUGUCCAAAAUAGGCCUGAUGGCCCUUACCCGGAUCCAGGCCCGCAGGCUAAGAAGAGAGAUGCCCCAGAGAGGGAUUCUGAUAAACUCCUGCUGCCCGGGCUGGGUGAAGUCUGACAUGACCUAUCCCAAUGGGACCAAGACGCCUGCGGAGGGGGCUGACACACCUGUGUACCUGGCGCUGUUGCCUCCAGCAACACUGGAGCCCCAGGGGGAGUUUGUAGUGGAUAGACAGGUACAGGUAUGGGCGGGGUCACCAACAGGUGCAACAAUUGAUGAGGGACCCUGACUUAAGGACCCUUUCAUCUGCUGCCAUAAUAUAUACAAGUAACUGCCAAAAUAAAGGAAACAGCAACAUAAAGUGCCUUAGUAGGAUGUAGGCCUAGGGUGAGUCAGAACAGCUUCAAUGCACCUUGGCAUAGAUUCUACAAGUGUCUGGAACUAUAUCGGAGGUGUGCGACACCAUUCUUCCUCGAGAAAUUCCAUUAUUUUGUGCUUUGUUGAAGGUGGUGGAAAACGCUCUCAGGCGCCACUCCAGAAUCUCCCAUAAGUGUUCAAUUGGGUUGAAAUCUGGUGACUGAGAUGGCAAAUGGUUUACAUCGUUUUCAUACUCAUCAAACCAUUAAGUGACCAUUCCACCCAAUCAGAUUGAGCAAAAAAUUAUUAUAAUAUUUUCCAAAUGGGACAUUAUUUUUCUUUUUACCUAAGAACAGUACUUGACCUGGGCAGGAGUUCACCGGAAAUGAGUACCCGGCACCUCAAAUGUUCUUCUGCUUGAGUUCCUUCACCUCCUAUAGAAUAUUAGCACAAAAGUAUUUGAGUUCAAUUAAAUAUAAAUAGUACCGGCACCCAAAAUGACUACCGGCACAUAUUUCAGUCCAAGUCUAGCACUGGUCUAAACAUGCAUACACCAUCAGAUAGAAUUCAUAGCAAGCAGUAGGGAGGGGGUGGGACAUCGAAAGGGAUAUUCAUAUUAAUAAUAAUACAUUUUAUUUGGCAGAUGCUUUUCAGGACACUCAAUGACAUCUUACAUAAAAUCGAGUGCUGUACUAAAAUCUAGUUUAAUUUAGGCCUAUAUAAUGAAUUUAAAUUAUUAUUGAUUAUUUACUGUUAAACUAAUUUAAAAAAACUAAACAAUCAGCUUAUCAAUUUCUAAAUAAAGGGUGGGUUCUGGCUUGUGUCACUUCAUACUGAUACCAUGUGCUGUAAAUUGCUGUGUUGGCUAGGCUACACUGUGUAGGCUACUCACUGUUAGCUAGCUAAGACUCACUAGUCAACUUAGCUAGCAAAAACAAGUAAAAUGGCCAAUCAAAGCUCAGUGUACAUUUUUUAAAAGAGACCGUGCAUAGAAGAGGAUGUUGGAGAAUUUGCCAAGUUAUUUGAUAUCAGUGAUUUUGCCAUGAAGGCCGGCCAGUCCCCCUGUAUCAAUCACUGAUUGCAUUGGUCUAAUCAAGGGCCUUAAAGAGAUUUUCAGUACAUUCAGAGACAACGAUCAGCACUACAACAAUGUUUUCAUUCAACACUUUCAGAAAUCAUGCUCUUAACCACUAGACUAUAUCAGGGCAUCAUGUUCUAGUCUAAUAGGUCUAUGGUUUAUUAUGUGCCAUCAACAGAUUUCUGCCUACGCCACUGGAUGGAGCCAUUGUCAUCCUAUAGCCAAAAUAAUGGCCUGGACAGCAUUUUAUACAUGACCCUAAGCAUGAUAGAAUGUUCAUUGCUUGAUUAACUCAGGAGCCACACCUGAGUGGAAGUGCUUUCAAUAUACUUUGUAGGCCUUCCCUCAUCAACUCGUGUUUCCAUUAUUUUGGCAGUUAUAUAUGUGUGUGUGUGAAUUAACCAUGAGGUAUUGGUGUAUAAUAACCAUUUAAUAACCACAUCAGUAAAGAGCAAUUAAAAGACCAUUGUAAUUUGUAUUUUAUUUGCAGUUUAUCUACUGCACUGUGAAGUGUUUGCAGAGCCAGAGGAUAUGGUUGAUGUCCACUGAAUAGUUAAACACGUCACUUCAUUGUCUCAAAAAUGACUGUAAAAAUGUAAUGAAAACGAGCCAGGGUAUAGGUUGAUGUGCACGGAAUAGUUAAACACGUUACUUAGUUGUCUCUGUAAACAUGUAAUGAAAACGAUUGGUUGAUAAAAAGUAAACAUAUUAAA